UGGAUAGUUUUUCAAGGCUGUCAAAACAGUUCUCCAAUAUAUAUUCACAAUAUAUAUCCAAUGAACCGACACAACUGUAAAAUCAAUUCAUUCAAGCAAAGCAUUCAACAUGUCCUCCGGCUCAUCCAAUAUUGAUCCCAACGAGUUCAAUGAGAUCAAUGGGGCAAAUGCUGGCAACUCGGAAAGGGAACACCAUAAUGAGGCAGAGGAGAUGCCACACCCGGAGAUGCAGCACCCGGACAUGUCGGGAGCAACGCCGCGAUCGAGUCAUUCAAGGGGCGCCAGUGGGCAAGGUCGACGCAUCAGGCAGCGGAUGUUGACGCCAGGGAUUGGCAAUCAGUAUCGCAUCUGGGUCUAUCAUCCGAUGCAUGAGCCGCACCCGAAUCGUCAUACCCUCAAUCGCAUCAUAUUCUCGAUAGCUCGAGCCUUGCGCACCCGUCGCUCUGUUCCGCCCCAGCCGGGCCAGCGUCCCGGCGUGAUCUACAGACGAAACGCUGAUCUGAUAACCAUUGAUGUGGAGCGGGACUUUUCUAGCUAUGGACGUUCCUAGCGCGGUAUUUUUUAGUCAAGAUAGCGCCGUGAUACUAUGAAUACUAGACAUACAUAGAAAAUCGCAUAAAUAAAUUCAUGAAUCGGAUUUCGUGGGGUUUUUCACAUGUCAACUAUAAGAACUGAUCGACUACUAAUAGCAAGUUAGCCUGGUACAUGAGAAUUGUCUAUGGRAGAUUAUAAAUUUAUUAUAAUUAUUUUAUUUAAAGCU